AUGGUGGGCCAACUCAAUGGUGUUUCGUCAGCAACCCUUGACCCACAAUUGGACUAUGAUGUUCUCAUCAUCGGUGCUGGACAAAGUGGGAUGUACUCGCUGUAUCGAAUGCACCAGCUGGGACUAAAAUCAAGAAUCCUCGAGGCAGGCGCAGGUGAAGGAGGGACUUGGUUCUGGAACCGAUAUCCCGGUGCGCGUUUCGAUUCAGAAUCGUAUUCAUAUAUUUUCUCAUUUUCGCAAGAGUUGUUGGAUGAAUGGGACUGGUCGGAGCAUUUUGCGGGACAGGAGGAAACUCUUCGAUAUUGCCAGUAUGUCGCCGAGAAAUUCAAUUUAAAAAAGGACAUGCAGUUCAAUACAAGGAUAUCCUCCGCCCACUUCAAGCAAGAGACGAACUCCUGGAUGCUCACCGAUGAAGAAGGCCGUACCUACACAUCGAAGUUUAUCAUCACGGCGAUGGGUAUCUUGAAUCAGCCGACCCUUCCAAACAUACCCGGGGUCAGUGAUUUCAAAGGUCACGCCUUCCACACCGCACGGUGGCCGGACGAUGCAUCAGUCUUGGAUGGAAAGCGUGUUGGCAUCAUUGGAACGGGAGCCACUGCUAUUCAAACUAUUCAAGAGAUAUACCACUCCGUUGGAUCUUUAACGGUCUUCCAACGCACACCGAAUUGGACCGCACCACUACGAAAUGCGAAGAUCCGACCCGAAGAAAUGGGGUCAAUUCGCAAACAAUACCCCGAGAUUUUUCAGAAAUGCCUCGAUUCGUACGCUUGUUUUAUCCACCUAUCAGACCCUCGCUCAGUUUUCGACCUCACACCCGAAGAGCGGGAGAGACAUUGGGAAGACUUAUACUCGAAAGCUGGAUUCUCUAAAUGGUUAUCCAAUUUUAGGGAUAUUGGCACUGACCGAGAGGCCAAUGAACUGUUCAGCAAAUUCAUCGCGAACAAGAUCCGGCAACGUGUCAAGGAUCCAGUCACAGCAGAGAAGCUCAUUCCGAAGAAUCAUGGAUUUGGGACGAGAAGGGUUCCGUUGGAGGGUGGCUAUUACGAAGCGUUCAACCAACCAAAUGUGACGCUUGUGGAUAUAAAUGAGAAUCCGAUCAAGUCCAUUGCGGAGAACGGUAUCAAGACUAAGGAUGGGGACUUUGAGUUCGACAUUAUAAUAUACGCCACCGGAUUUGAUGCGGUUACCGGGUCCUUUAACGCAGUCGAUUUUAAAGGUAUCGAUGGGCUCAAGUUGAAAGAUGUUUGGAAUGAAGGUAUUCAAACGUUCCUGGGCCUGACUGUCCGUGGAUUCCCUAACAUGUUCAUGAUAAUGGGUCCUCAUCAGAUGUUCGGAAAUAUUCCCCGUUCAAUCGAAUACGCAGUGAAAUGGGUUGCAGAAUUAAUCGAAUAUUGCAGGGACAAUCAGAUAACGUGCGCAGAAGCAACAGAAGAAGCUGUACGAGCUUGGACGGAACAUGUGCAUGAUUGUGCGAAAGGAUUGCUAGCGACUGAGAUUGAUUCGUGGAUGACUGGUGUCAAUAAGAACUUGAAGCAUAAGCAGAAGAGGACGAUUGCGAGGUAUAAUGGGCCAGCACCAGGGUAUCGGAAGAGAUGCGAUGAAGUUAAGGCGAGGGAAUAUUCCGAUUUGAGAUUGGUUAAGUUGUAA